AUGGUGCUCGGCAUGCUGAGGAGCGUGGCGGGAUGGAAGGCGGACAAGUACCGGUUCGACGUGACCGUCCACAACGCGUACAACGUCCUGCCGGGCACCAAGGCGCUCCAGGUGGUCUGGAAGCGCGGUAACAAGCACGCGCAGACGCAGACGACGAGGUCGCAGCGCGGCGAGGCGCAGUGGGAGGAGCAGCUCUCGCUCGCGUGCACCAUGUUCGUCAAUCCCAAGUCCGGCACGUACGAACCCAAGCCCGCGCUCUUCGUGCUCCGGGAGAUCGACGACGACGGCACGGGCGCCGGCAGGACGUACGCGGAGGCCACGGUGGACCUCCUGGAGUUCGCCAUGAGGCCCGGCGCGGCGAUCCGACGGACGCUGCCGCUCACGCGCGGCGCGACACAGCUGUCGACGCACCUCAUCUUCACCAUCCGAGCGACGCCGCUCACGGAGGGCGUCGCGCUGUCCGACGUGUCGUCCGACGUGUCAGUCGCGGACCUCGCGGACGUCGCCGAGGGUGCCGUCGAGGGUGCCAUCGAGGACGAGGACGCGACGCGGCCAUACCGCGCGCACAGGGAGGCGGCGCGGGUACGAGCCGAGUCCGAUCGCCCACACGCGACGGAGGAGGAAGAUCGUGUCGCUCAAAACGAAGACGGGCCACCGAGAGGAGGCGCGCGGACGAUGGAGGAGGGAAUGCGCGCCCUGCGCACCGCACUCGAGCCCUCGGACAGGGAAGAUGAGAACGCGCCCGCGCGGCCCAUGGGCCGGGAGAUGGAGAUCGCCCCCACCGGCGGGAGAUCCCGCGCCGCGACCCUCCAGCCCCAGUCCGGUCGAUACGCCCCGCCGGUGCUGUACGACGACGAGGUGUUCCGGGACGCCGGGUACACCGUGGGCUUGACCAAGGCGAGGGACCCCCUGUUGGACGCCACGGCUGGGGGCGCGUUCGACGGCCUCGUCCCCGGCAUCGAUCACCUUCGCCUCAUCGUCGGUCGGACGUGCAAGAUCAACGUCCGCGCCAACGACGCGUUUGGCAACGCGCGCAGCACGGGCGGCGACGCCGUGGAGGGCCUCCUGCUCGGCCCACUCGGGGAGGAGGGCGAGGUCAAGGUGAGGGACCACGGCGACGGCACGUACGGGCUGGAGUUUGUGUGCACCAGCCAGGGCGUCUGGAGGCUGCGGCUCAGGUUCAACGGCCGGGCCUCCGCGAGCGAGCACGAGCUCGUGGUGUCCUACGGCCCCCUCGUCGCGGGGGACCUGUCGGUCAAGCCCCCGAAGCCGCCGUUCGUGUGCGGCGCGUACACCGACGUCGUGGUCGAGGUGGCGGAGCCCGAGCUGGGGAGGGUGAUGACCGGAGCCGAAGCCUUCAGCGUCCGCGUCGUCUCCCCGUCCGCCAUGUCCAUGUCCGUGCCCCUCGAGCUGGCGCCCGGGUCGACGCGCGCGGUGGCGACGGUGUGCUGGCCGGAGGUUGGCGCGCACGUGCUGUCCGUGACCCUCGAUGGGGUCAACUUGCCGAGGUCGCCGAUGAACGUCGACGUGGCUCCGGAGGAUAUUUGUCUCGCCGCGUGCCAGAUUCAGGGCGCCGGGACGCACAGGGCCGUCGCGGGCGAGCGCGCGAGCUUCGUGGUGGAGGCGCACGACGCGCGCGGGAACCGACUCGUCUCCGGGGAGGCGCCCUUGUCCGUCAUCGUUCGAACGCUGAGAGGUAACCAAGGAGGUAACCCAGUUAACGGCGAGAAGAGAGAGGAGGACGUGACCCGGGGCCAGAUUCUCGACUACGGCAACGGCGCCUACGAGGCUUCGUACGUCGUCCGCACCGCCGGGCCGUACGAGGUUGCGCUCGUGCUCAUGGGCGAGGAGCUGGUGAUGAAGGGCACGUGCGAACCGGGCCCGGCGGUCGUCCCCGGCUGCGUCCUGCUCGGCGACGCCGUCCUCGACCUCGAAGUCGGCGCCAAGGGCGUCUUCACAAUCGAGCGCCGCGACGCCUACGGCAACGUGGCGCCGUCCAGACAGGGCCAGGUGAAGCUCCGGUGCGUCGCCGACGGACCCGGGGACGUCGACGCGCACGUCGUCGACUGCGCCGAGGGCCGAAGCGAGGUGUACGCCGUCGCCAAAGUCGCCGGGAGAUAUUUCAUCACCGUCGUCGGCGGCGACGACCAGGUGCCCGUCCCGGGUUCCCCGUUCGAGCUCGUCGCGUACCCCGGCGCGGCGGCGGCGAGCGCGUCGGUGACGUCGGUGUACGGCGCGCAGCUCGCUUCGCCCGACGCCGACGUGCUCGCGGCGGUGGCGGGCGACGAGAUCACGCUGACGGUUUCCCCGCGGGAUAAAUUCGGCAACAAGACGGUCUUCGGUCCCGGGACGAAAGUCAAGGUGUGCGCCGUCGUGGACGGGGACGAGCGGCUUGAGUUUGAGGACCGCGGGGGUCCGAGAGCCGAGGCGACGCUCCGGGGCGCGCUCACCGCCGCGGGCAGCUACCUCCUGCGCGCGACGAUCGGCGACGAACCCCUGGCGGGAUACCCCCGCAUACUCCAAAUCGUCCCCGGCGCGACGGAUCCGCGUCGGUGCGUCCUCUUCGGCGACGCGCUCGCGGGCGUGGACUGCGGCGCGCAGUCGUCGCUGACGAUGCACGCGGCGGAUCGGUUCGGCAAUCUUCGCGCCACCGGCGGCGACGUCGUGGAUCUCUCCAUGCUGGCGCCCGACGGGAAGACGGUUGUGGCGGCGUCGGUGUCCGAUCACGCCGACGGCACGUACGGCGCCGCGUUCAAGCUGGACCAGGCGGGCGCGUGGGGGUUGCAGCUCAUCGUCAACGGCCGCGGCGGGCGCACGGACGUCGCGGAGGUGACGGCUAACUUUGGGCCGUGCAGGGCGCAGGAUUGCACCUUCGCCGGUUUCGGCAUGGACGGCCUCGAGGGGGUCACCACCCUGAGCUCCUCUCAGAUUCGCGUGUUUCCCAUCGCGUACGAGUCAGCCAACAGACGCAUGUCCGGGAAGGAAUCCCUGAGCGUCCGCGUCCUCACGCCCUCGGGCGGCAUCUCCGCGGUGGAUCUUCGCUUUGACCGCGGGCAGUACUUUGGGACGUACCGGUGGACCCAGCCCGGUCUGCACACGGUGUCCGUGUCCCUCGAGCAGGAGGCGGUGGUCGGUUCGCCGUUCACGGUGGAGGCGCUCGCCGCGCUUCCCGAGAUUCGCGAGCUGGAGAACAUGAGCGUCGGGGAUAUCAACGCCAUCCUCGUGAAGAUGACCCCGGACGCGUCGUCGCAGGCGCUCGCGUCGCUCCCGCCCGAACAAGCCGCGGAGGCGCUCGCCGGACACAGCGGCGCGGCGGCGGCGAGGAUGAUGAACGGGAUGUUCCCGUCCGCGACGGCGCAGGUGCUGUCGGGGAUGCCCGCGGCGGCGGCCGCCGCCGCCGUCGGCGCCAUGUCCGAGGAAAAGGUGGCGGACGUGCUCGGCGCGAUGGCCCCGGCGGACGGCGCCAAGCUCAUGGCCGCGACGUCCCCGGAGGAGACCGCCGCCAAGGCUGACGUCUUCGCGUCCGCCCUGGGUCGGAUGUCAGACGAGGAAUCGGCCGCCGCGCUUCGAGCCAUGGCCGCCGCCUCCGCCGAGGCGGGAUCCGCCGACGGGGUGGCGGCGGUGAUGAACAAGAUGCCCCCGGCCGCCGUCGCCAACGCGCUCGCGUCCAUGUCCCCGGAGGAUAACGUGCGGCUGGUGGGCGCGAUGGGCGCGGACGAGGCGGCGGCGGCCAUCGGCGCGAUGGACGACGCUCGCGUUGGGGAAGUUUUGUCCGCGAUGGGCGCCGAGGAACUCGCGGGUCUGACGGACGGUCUGGGCGCGGCGUACGAGGACGAUAAGCGUCUGCCGGCGGCGGAGAGGCAGAAGAUGCGGGACGCCGCGGCGGAGCGCGCGAAGCAGCUCGCGCCGGCGCUCGCGUCGGUUCCCCCCGCCAAGCUGGCGGAUUCGCUGAAAGACGCGGACCCGUCGCAAAUCGCGGGGACGCUCAAUGCGCUGGUGCACGAGGGCAAGGCGGCGCCGAACCUCCUCCGCGCGAUGCCAAAGGCGGCGCAGAAGAAAGCGACGGCGCGAAUGCUCGAGUCGUGUCCGGAGGGCACCGCGGGGGCGAUUUUGGGCGAUUUCACCGGCGACGAGUGCGCGGCGCUGAUGGCUGGUUUAUCCCCCGACGAGCACGCCAAGGCGCUCGCCGAGCUCUGCAGGGAGAAUCCCAAGGCGGCGUGCGCCAUGCUGGGCGCGAUGAGCCCCGAGGAGGCGUCGCGCGCGAUGUCUCUCGUCGUCGACGCCGCGAACAACGGCACGGGUCGCGUGCGACUCUCCGACGCGCAGCGCACCGACCUGUUCAAGUGCUGCCCGCCCGACGUGUUGAAGGGAGUCCAGCCCGCGACGGCGCUGGGGUCGAUGUGCGCGUCCACCAUGAGCGCCUCCGAGGCGGCAGCGGUGCUCGGCAAGCUCGAACCCAACGCGGCGGCGGCGUGCCUCGAGGGUAUGUCGGGCGAGGAGGUGCGCCAGGUGCUGGAGGCGUCCGCGGUUAACGGUAACCGGGACACGCCGUUGGUCGCGGCGAUGGUGCCGUACAUGGCGUCGCUGGACGCCGCGGGCGCGGCGGCUAUGAUCGAGGCGCUGCCGCCCGACAUGGCCGUCGGCGUCAUGAUGAACACGCCGGACGACCGAGCGCGAGAGGUUCUCGCUCACACCAAGAACCGCUCGUUAAAGGAGAGGGUCGCGAACAGGGCCACGAUGGCGCUCGAGGCUUGCGACGUCGACCUUCGCGACGAGAGCGGCGCCAAUUUUCGCGCAAUCGCCGGCGAGCGGUUCACGUUCAAGGUUAUAUCGCGCGAGAGCGGCGGGACGCGUAUAAACCACGGCGGCGCGCACCUCACCGCGAUCAUCCACCCUCCGGGUGUUCCGGGCAAGAGCCGAAAGGUGACCGGCCACGCGAGCGCGGACCAGUGCCAGGUUUUGGACCUCGGCAACGGCGUCUACGAGGUCACGGGCGUCAGCACCGUGUCGGGGAAAUGCGCCGUGGCGCUGCAGUCGGGUUCGCAGCAGAGGGACGUCGCCGUGUUCGUCGAAGCCGCCGAGCCCAUGGUGGCGGCGACGACGUUCGACCGAUCCGGCCUGGACCAGUGGCGAGCCGGCGAGCCCGGCGUCCUCAAGCUGAUUUUGCGCGACAGGUACAACAACGAGGUGAGGCCGUCGGGAGCGCUCUUCACCUUUGAGGGCCGCGCGUCCGGCCCCGGCGGCGUCGCCGUGGAGCAGCGCGCGUCCCUCGACGAGAACGGCGUCUUGUUCGAGUUUAAAUCCACCGUCGCGGGCAUUUACAAGGUUGGCGUGGUGUGCGUGGACACCGGCGAGCUAAUCCCGGGUCUGCCCAUCGACGCCACGCUCUCCGCCGGUAAAAUUUCCCACGUCGGCUGCACCGCGCUCCUGCAGACCAUCACGGGCGCCGGCAAGGGACCCGGAGCGUCGGCGAGCGCCUUCGGCGUCGCGGUGGCGAUGGCUGGCGAGGAGAUCACCGCGCUCGUCGACGCCAGGGACAGGUUCGGCAACGCCACCGCGUGGAGCGGCGAAUCCGCCACCGUCGUCGCGCACGGUCCCGCCGACGACCCGGUCGAUCGGUCCUUCGACGUCGUGGACGUCCGCGGCGGCCGAGCGGGCCUCCGGGGUGUUUUACCUCGAGCCGGGUCGUACACCGUGGCGGUGUGCGUGGACGACAUACCUUGCGCGUGCUCGCCGCUGGUGCUGCACGUGUACCCCGGUCCGUGCGAGACGUCCAGGGCGACGAUCCGUGGCGACGCGCUGAGCGGCGUGCUCCGCGGCGCCCCCGCGACGGUUGUGGUCCAGACGGAGGACAAGUUUGGGAACAACUGCCACGGCGGCGGCGAUCAGGUGGACUUGGUCCUCCAGGGCCCGACGGGUUCGCGGGCGUCCGCGGUGGACGUCGUGGACCACGGCGACGGGUCGUACGGGUGCGUGUUCGUGUGCCCGAUGGCUGGGCGGUGGAUCGUGCAGGCUGUCGUCAACGGCCGGGUGGCGAAGGAGUCCACGCAGGAGGUGAUCGCCACGUACGGCCCGCUGCGGGCGAACGACUGCGUGUUGAGGGCGGGUCCGGGCAUGGGCGAGAGGGUGACGUGCGGGUCGACGCGGGACGUGUACCUGCAGGCGCUCGAGUACGACAGCACCGGCCGCGGCAUGAGCGGGCAAGAGGCGGUGAGCGUGCACCUGGUGACGCCUUCGGGCGCCAGUCACACGCUCACCGCGGGGUUCGCCGAGCGGGGGUCGCGGUACCGCGCGGCGGUUCGCUGGUGGGAGAUUGGGCGGCACGAGAUCGUCGCCACGAUCAACGGCGAACCCGUCGUCGGCUCCCCCCUGGUCGUCGAGGUUGACGCGCAGGAGGUGAGUCUGCCGAUGUGCCGACUGUCGGGCGCGGGGCUGGCGGGCGCCGUGGCUGGCGAGCGGGCGAUGAUCCUCGUGGAGGCUCGGGACGCGCGGGGGAACAGGCUGUUCCAGGGCGGCGCCGUCAUCGGCGUCGCCGUGAGGGUCGGCGGCGAGACCCUUCGAGGCCGCGUGCACGACUGCGGCGACGGAACCUACGAGGCGUCGUACGUGGUGGAGAAGGCGGGUCCCUUUGAGGUUUCCCUCUUUCUCGGCACCGAGGCUACGACGUUUCGCGCGACGUGCGAGGCGGGCCGCGUGGACUACACGCGGUGCCGGGUCGACGGCGCCCUGCACAACCGGUGGAUCGCGGGUACGCCGCUCGCGAUGACCGUGACGCGGAUGGACAGGUUCGGGAACAGGGUCCCGCGGCGGGAGGGCCUCGCGUCUCUCGCGGGACACGGCACCGGACCGGGCGACGUGACGUGCGAGACGCUCGAGCUCGGCAACGGGAGCUGCGAGCUUCGAUACGCAGCCUCCGUCGCGGGGGUGUACUCGCUCGGCGUGUUCGUCGACGAGGAGCCGGUGGCGUUCGUGGACACGGAGGAACGGUCGGAAACCCUCGGGGGGGACCGGCGCGGCGGGGCCGGCUCGGCGACAAACCUCGGGUCCUCCCUCGCGCCGGGGGAGAAGAAUUUAGAAAAACAGAGCGGCUCCCUCGCGCGAAUGGAGCCCACGCGCAUCGGCGGGUUGUUCGGCGGCAGGACGAUGUUCCCGCUCCCCGGGGGCGUGUUCGACCUGACGUUGGAAUCCGGGGUGGCGGAGCCCACGAUGUGCGACGUCGCCGUCGUCGGCGCCGGCAAGCAGGGCGACACCUGGGUCGUCGCCGCCGGGGACGAGAUUCUCGUCAAGGUGAUCGCGCGAGACAGGUUCGGCAACCAGACGCACUGGAACGACGGGCAGAGCGUGGGGGUCGAGGCUCGCGGGCCCGAGUACAUCGCCUUCAGCGUCACCGGCGCCGCCGGCGUCAAGGCGGACUACCUCGCUCGGAUGGUUCGAGCCGGGACGUUUGAGCUCAGGGUCAUGGUGGACUCGCUGGCGGUGUGCUGGCGCGCCGUGCAGGUCGUCGCCGGUCCCACCUUUGCGCCGCGCUGCAAGAUAUCCAUGGAGGGUUUGCAAGGCCUUCGCACGGGUGACACGUGCAGGCUCACCCUCAAGGCGGCGGACCAGUACGGUAACCUGCGCCUCGACGGCGACGACGCCGUGCAGCUCGCGCUCGAGGGCCCCGGCGGUUUCGCCGCGAGAGCCGUCUCGGUCGUCGACCACCACGACGGGACCUACGCCCUCGAGUUUAUCACCCCCGUCGCCGGUCGAUGGAACCUUGGGUGCCGCGUCAACGGCAAGCCCUGCGUGGAGGGCGGCGUGUCCUUCGUCGUCGCCUUUGGCACCCUGACCGCGGAGGAGGCUGUCGUUCGCCUUUCGCCGACGGCGGAGGAGACUGGGGGCGUGUACGAGUGCGGCCAAACCGCCGAGCUGAUCAUCGCGGGGCAGAACUUUGAAUCCAGCGGCCGGCUCAUGACGGGCCUGGAGGCGGUCACCGUGCGCCUCCGUCAUCCCAGCGGCGCCCAGGAGGCGCUGCCCGUGGUGCUCGCCAAGGACAUGACGCACUACGCGGCUCCCAUCCGCUGGCUCCACCCCGGCGAUCACGCCGUCUCCGUCCUCCUCGACGGCGUGCAGGUGGCGGGCACGCCCCUCCGAGCGCGAGCCGAGGGUAUGGAGGUGUCCCUCUCGUCGUGCACCUUUGUCGGCGACGGCCGCGAGCGGUGCAUCGCGGGCGAACGCGCGACGUUCAAGAUGGAGGCGAAAGAUUACAGCGGCAACCGCAUCCACCGCGGCGGCGCGCCCCUCCUGAUCGAGACGCGCGUCCCCGGGGAGGAUCCCGCCCCCGGCGACGUCGUCGACGUCGGCGACGGAACGUACGAGCUCUCGUACGUCGUGGAGAAGGCGGGCGCCAUGGAGGUGGCGGUGAUCCUCGCGAAGCAGUCGCCGACGGUGAGGGCGCUGCCGGUGACGUGCCUCGCGGGCCCCAUGGAACCCUCCGAGUGCAGGGUGGACGCCGGCAAGCUCACGCUCCACUGGCCAGCCGGCGAACCCGGCGUGUGCAGGGUGACGCGCCGGGACCGCUUCGGCAACCAGACCCGCGACGCCGGCGUCCUGAACCGACUCGCCGCGGAGGUGACCGGCCCGGGUCCGUGCGACUGCGAGGCUGUCGAGCUCGGCGACGGCACGUGCGAGCUGCGACUCCGCGCCGCCGCCGCCGGGUCGUACGAUGUCUCCGUCAUCGCGCUCGCCGUGCCCGGUCCCGGCGGCCCCGUCGAGGUUGGACACUUCCAGGCGGAGGUGACGUCCGGUCCGACGUUCCCGUCGGCGUGCGUGGCGAGGAUGGCGCUCCUGGUCAACGACCCGAGCGACCCGACCGGCGGCGGCCUCGUCGAAGAAUCACUCGGCGAGCCCGACGGGGACAUCACGCUGCCCGCGACCGUCAUGGCGGGCGACAGGAUCCUCGUCUACGUCUUACCCCGAGACUCGUCCGGGAACAAGACGAGGUGGUCGGGCGGGGAGAGGAUCGCCGUCUCCGCCCGAGGACCCGCGGAGACGACGUUCGACCCGCUCGACGCCGUCGGAGCAUUCGCCGCGACGCUGCAAACCUCGGGGGCGUACUCCGUCGCCGCGCUCGUCGGGGACUGUUCCGCCGCGGGGUGGCCCAGGGUGCUGCAGGUGGUCGCCGGGCCGUGCGACCCCGACAGGUGCGUCCUCAGCGGCGACGCCCUCGGCGCGUGCGCCACGGGGCGAAAGCUGUCGCUCCAGCUGCAAGCGUCGGAUCGAUACGGAAAUCCGCGAUCGAUGGGCGGGGACAUGGUGGAGGUGUUCGCCAAGCCCCGGGACAGCCGCGGGGGAGGGAGAGUGGAGGCUGAGGUUGUGGACAACGCCGACGGGACCUACGCCGUGGCGCUCGUGUUGGAAGAGGCGGCGAUUCACGACGUACACGUCAACGUGAACGGCCUCUCCGACUCGCGGUCGAGGUACUUCCUCGCCCCGACGCUCGCGCCGUUGACCGCCGCCGACUGCACCGUCCGCGGCGUCGCCGGGGACGAACCGUCCCUGUGCGACGUCACGUCACUGUACGUCCAACCGGCGAACCCGAUUCGCGAGAUGUCCGGCAGGGAGGCUGUCGUGGUGACGGUGCACACGCCGAGCGGAUUGGCGUUUAACAACCCGGUCAAGUUCGAGAAGGGUAACCGGCGUUUCGCGUCGCCCGUGUACUGGGUCGAGCCCGGCGCGCACUCGGUGGCGGUGACGCUGUCGGGGAAAACCUUGCCCGGGUGCCCGUUCCUCGUGGAGGUGAGGGAUCCGCACGGGGAGGAGCUCGACGCCAUGGGCAAACCCGGAAAACCCGGACAAUCCGGAAAAUCCAAAACUGGAAAAUCCGGGAUGGGCGGGAAGGGCGACGACGCGAACGACGGCGACGAAGAUACCGCCGCGGGAGCAGCAGCAGCAGCAGCAGCAGCAGCAGCAGCAGCAGCAGCAGCCGCGGACCCCGACGCGGAUAAGCGAUUCGCGUUUGGCGGCGGUGGCCUCAAACCCAGCAAGGCGGCUUCGGAACGCGCGGCUCGAUCGCUGGCGGGCAUGUCCUCCAAGGUGGCGGCGCAAGCCAUCUCGGACAUGCGCCCCGCCGCGGCGGGAGCGGUGAUGGCUUCGAUGGAGGUGUCCGCCGCCGCCGCCGCCGCCGAGGCUAUGGAACCCGCCCUCGCCGCCGCGGCCAUGUGCAGCAUGGAGGUGCACGAGGCAAUCGCGUGCAUCGUCGAGAUGCCCAAGGAGUCGCGCAAGGCUAUCCUGGAGUCCAUGACCCCCGAGCAGCUCGGCGCGUUGCUCAGCGCCAUGACGCCGGAGGAUGCGAGCGACAUUAUCCGCAUCCUGGACACCAAGUGGUCGAUCCUCGCCGUCGACAACAUGGUCCCCGGUCCCGCCGCCGCGGCUAUGCAGAUGCUCCCCGAGGAGCGCCUGGUCGAGGUUCUCGUCGGCAUCUCCCCGAAGAAAGCAGGCGCUCCUCUGCUCGAGGCUCUCGAGGAGACGGAGCCCGGCCACAGGCUCGCCGCCGACGCGGUGACGACGCUCACGAACCGACACGCCGAUCGCGCCGCCGCGCACAUCGCCGCCAUGGUCGACGUGGCCAUGGCGGGGACGGAGCGAGGCGUCCCGGGAUCGGGCUACGCCGUCGCCAGGCUCUUCUCCGACCUCCCGCUGACGUGUCAGGGCCUGACGAUCAUUCGCAUGACCGCGAAGCAGGCUGCGUAUCUCAUGUCGUGGCUCGGGGCGGACGGCGCGGCAAAGGCGGCGGCGGCGGCGGCCAAGGCGGCGGGCGCGAACGGCGCGGGUUUCUGCGCCGCCGCCGCGGAGGAGCUGGACGCGAUGGGAUUCGCCUCAGACGACGAAAAGGCUUCAUCGGGCGCCGCCGCCGGUAAGGGCGCGGGCGCCGGUAAGGGCGCGGUCGCCGGUAAGGGAAAGUCUGGGAGGGGCGCGGCUGCGUCUCUUCUCGCGGCGAUGGCGAAGGACGACCCGGACGCCGCGUCGCAGGCGCUCGGCGCGCUCGAUUCCUCGCUCGCGGCGGCGGCGCUGUCCCAGCUGGGCCCGCAGGCUGCCGCGGAUCUCGCCAGCGGCGUGUCCGACCCCACCGUCGGCGCCGCGCUGCUGGAGCAGAUGCCGGUGGAGAAGCGCGCGGCGAUGAUGGUUCGCAUGGAGCCCGCCGCGGCGGCGGCUGCAGCCGGGGCGAUGCAUCCGGAGGCUGCGGCGGAGGCCAUGGAGGCGGUUCAGGCGUCCGCCGCAGCAGCCGCAGCAGCAUCCGGAGGCGAAUCCGGCGGAGGAGAAGUGGCCAAGAGGCUCGCGGCGAUGGUGUCGCAGAUGGACCCCUUCGCCGCGGCGCAGGCGUGCUCCGCGAUGAGCAAGGAAGCGGCGGCGGCGAUGACCGCGUCGCUUCCGCCCGAUCGCGCCGGCGCCAUCAUCGCGUCCGGCGGGAUCCCCGCCGAGGAUGCCGGAUCCAUGCUCGACGCCCUGCCCCUCGACGCCGCGGACAAGGUCAUGGCUGCGCUCCCGCCCGACAUCGCCGACAAAGCCGCCGCGCACGUCACCUCGGACGAGAUCCGGGAGAGAGCCGCCGCGAGAGCCGUCGUGCACCUGCCCAGCUCGACCCUCGAAGGCGACGGAGCCGAACGGUGCGUCGCUGGCGUCGAGGCGUCGUUCCGCCUCGAGUCCGCCAACCCGGGCGGCGGUCGCAUCGGCCGCGGCGGCGCCAUCAUCUCCUGCGUCAUGCACGCGCUGGAGCCCGCCGAGUUCGACACAGACGCCGACGACGACACAGCCGGCGAGUCCGGCGCGACGAAGAUGACCACGCGCAAACGACUCGGCUUCCCGUUCCCGGUCGAGGCGCAGUGCGAGGACUUGGGCGACGGGACGUACGAGUUUUACUACGAGCUCCAGCGCGCGGGGGAGUACCAGUGCUCGCUGCAAACCGCGGGUCACGAGCACUGCUUUUACGUCCUCUGCGUCCCCGGUCCGUUGGAUCCCAACUCGUGCACCGUGGAGGAACCGGCGUUUGUUGGGUUGGAUCGAUGGACCGCGGGCGUGCCGCUGGAGGUCAGGGUCAACUGCCACGACAUGUUCGGCAACCCGAUCAAGCCGCCCGGUUCCGCGUCGAACGGGUCGAACCCCGCGUUGAACCCGCUGGUCAUCGUCGCGGAUGGCGAGGGGCCCGGGAUGGUCGAGGCGGAGGUUGUCGCCGACGAGUCCGACCCGAACGCCACGUGGCAAAUCGCGCGGUUCCGAGCCACCGAGUGCGGCGAGUACGAGCUUCGCGUGUUUGCCACCGAGACGCAGAGGCAGUGGUGGGGGGGCAUGCCGAGGAACAACCUCCCCGGAGCUCCGCUUCGACUGACGCUGACGCCCGCCCCCGCGGACCCGGCGCGAAGCGUCGUGAAGCUGAGCGGGCUGAAGGAAAGGCCCGGGGGCAUGCUCGUGGGCAUGGCCGGGCGCGACGCGUCCGUCACCGUCACCGCGGUGGACAAGUACGACAACCCCGCGGAGUUUGGCGACCUCAAGCUCCGCGUGGACGCGAUGGGUCCCGCGGAUGUCACCUUCCGGAAAGAAUCCGACGACGGGUCCUCGUGCCGAUUCUUCGGCUCGCCCGAGCGAAGCGGCAGCUACACCCUACGCGUCACCCUCGCCGGCCGGACCGUCGCGGGAUUCCCCAGGAACCUGCAGGUGGUCGCCGCGAGGACCGACCCGACGCGCUGCGUCGUCCGAGGCGACGCCCUCGAGGGCAUCCGCGUCGGCGAGAGCGCCAAGGCGUCGGUCGUCGCUCACGACUCCUUUGGCAACUCGUGCCUGGAAGGGGGCGACCAGGUCAUGGUCCGGCUGCUCGGCCCCGCGGGGAGCGUCGACGCCGACGUCGUGGAUUACGGCGACGGAACGUACGGCUUGUCGUUCUCGGUGCCCAGGGCGGGGACGUGGCGAGCGCACCUCGCGGUGAACGGCGGGGAGAACCCGAGGCCGGUGGCGGAGUUCGUCGCCUCCCAGGGCGUCCUCGCCGCGAACCAGGUGGCGCUCCGGACCGUCCACGCCGGCGACGACGACUUUAACGGAGUUCGCGGAAACCUCGGAAACUCCGCCGGAAACUCCCAACCCCCCCGCGCGGGCACCGAGACGAUCGUUCACGUCCAGGCGCUCGACUACGACGUCUCCGGCAGAGAGGUUUCCGGCGCGGAACCCGUGUGCUUGCGCAUGCUCUCCCCCAGCGGCGUCUCCGCGAACGUUCCGCUUCGCCUGGCCAAGGACGGCGCCCGGUUCCACGCGCGAGUUCGCUGGCCGGAGGUUGGCCGCCACGUCCUCGUCGCGUCCAUCAACGGCGACGCCGUCGUGGGAUCUCCCACCCACGUGGACGUCGUCGCGGCGGACGUGCACCUGCCCUCGUGUAAGGUGACAGGGCCCGGGUGCACCGGGUGCGUCGCGGGGGAGCGCACGCGUUUCGUCGUGGAGGCGAGGGACUCGAGGGGCAACCGGCUUUGCGCCGGGGGCGCCAGUUUGUCCCUGCGGGUCCAGACGCCCGGGUCGGAGCCCACGCGAGGGAGCGUGCUGGACCAGGGCGACGGAACCUACGCGGCGUCGUACGCGGUGGACAAGGCGGGUCCGUACGUGCUGGUGCUCAGCGCCAGCGCCGGCGGGAGUCGGUUGGCGCUGGAGGGCGUGUGCGCACCCGGAGCGACGGACGUGACCAAAUGUAUCGUCGACGCCUCGGGGCUGGCGCAGCUCACCGCGGGAAGCCGCGGCGUCGUCAAGAUUGUGCGCAGGGACAAGUUCGGGAACGCCGUCGAGGCUGGGCCGGACAUGCUCCCCUUUCGCGUCGAAGCCACCGGCGUCGGGCCCGUCGCGGUGGAGACGGUGGAGAGCGGCGACGGCGGGUGCGAGAUUCGAUUCGAGGCGAAGGUUGCGGGACGCUACGCUUUGCACGUCUGGAGCGGGUACAAAAGGGAUGCCGUCGCGGGGUCUCCGUUCGACGUCGUCGUCCUCCCCGGUCAGGCGUCCGCGUCAUCGUGCGUGGCGCAGCUCGUCGGGACGCACACGCACGCCGUGGGCGGACCGGGAGUCGUCGCCGCCGUCGCGGGCGAGACGCUCUCGGUUCGAAUGCAGGCGAGGGACAGGUUCGGGAACGCCACCGCGUGGAAACGGUGGCAGACGCUCAGCGUCGCGGCUUCCGGACCCCAGGACGUCGUGUUCAAGGAACGGCUGGAGGAUAACGGCGUCCUCGACGAGGACGCCAACGGUGUCCGACAAUUGUCCACAGCUGUGGGCGACAUGGCGGCUUCGGGCCGAGGCGUCUUCUCCGCCGUGCUUCACAGGGCGGGCGCGUACGUGGUGUGGUGCACCGUCGGCGGCCAGGCGGUCGUGGGAUGGCCGCGGGUCAUCCAGGUGGUUCCCAACACCGCAGCCGCGGACGCGUCGGAGUGGCGCGCGGAGGCUGAGACGAUGGCGCUCACGUCCGAGAUUGCGUCAAACGCCCCCUUCGAUCGAUCGACGGGUGUCGUGUCGAACACGCGAGACACGCGGCGGGGCGCGUUCGGCGAGGCGGCCAGGGCUCGAGCCGAGGCGGAUUCGCUCCGCGCGAGGCUCGCCAAGUACGAGGAGGCGGCCGCGGUGGUCAUGGAGGCUGCGGAGGCGACGGGAAUCACGCUCAAGCAGCACGCCAGGGCGGCGGCGAUGGCCAAGGAGGCUCGGAUCCGGGAGGUUGGCGACGUCGAAGUCAGCGACACCGUCGGCGGCGGCGCGACGGGGGGCGCGGCGAGCGAGGCGUUCGACGCGCGCGCCACGCGUCAGCUCGGGAUUCGCGAGCUCACCGCGGAGGAGGAAAACGAUUGGACGGCGGGGACGCCGAGGCAGCGGGGCGGGCGAAGAUCCGGCGGCGCGACGACUCGCGCACCCGACGCCGACCGCCUCUGA